GUGGAGCCAGUGCACUUGAAGGGUUAUGAAAGGUUCUCUGGCAAAAAAAAUGGGUAGACCUCAAGAUAGGAGUUCUCGAGAUAGAGGAGGUGAGGUGGAUACCCAUACAAAAUUACCAUAAGGAGCUGCUUUCUAUCUUGAAGAUUUAACAGAUGGAAAGAGAAUGGGCAUACCUAGUCAGUUGCACAACGGAAUGCAUUCCGCAUUUAACGCGUCUGAAUCACAGAGGUACUGGCGGCUGCCUUAGUCGACGUCUACGUCAUCAGUGCCCUGGGAGCAGUUGUUGGGGGUUAACUGCCUUGCUCAAGGACAGAACGGUAGAUUUCUUUCACCUUGCCGGCUCGGGGAUUCAAACCAGCGACCUUUCGGUUACUGCCCCAACGCUCUAAACCGCUAUAGGCUAUCUGCCCACAAAGUUCACUGCAUUGAGCUCAGGCGUCUAUAAAUUCACCUAAGCGAAAUGAUCAAUAUGGGUAGCAUGCUGGCCCUUUCUCUUCAGAGUGCCAUUCAUUCAUAAUUGAUGGGGACACUAAAAUGAAAGUGAGAAGUGAGCCUGUCUCGACCACCUUUCAUGUCAGAUGGUCACCGGAUGAAAGGUAGAGAGAUGUGGGUGUGUGAGGUGUAGAGGAGACUGAGACUAGAUAAGGAGAGUGGAGAGAGUAGACAGCAGACAAUGGAUUCAGAAAUGGGGGCAAGGCAUUGCUGCUGCUGCUGCUGAUGAUGAUGAUGAUGUGGACAGGAGGGACCAGACUGCUGCAUUAACAAUGAAUGGAUAUUCAAUCAAAGCCAGCUCAUUCCUGAAGUUGAGAACUGAGAAGGCAGAGAGAAUACACCUGACCCUGAAAAGUCUAACAAGAGGUCUUCACAGACCAUAUCAACCAGAGGUGGUCAUCUUACCAAGUGACAUGUUUUACCCCAUCCAAUACCAUUAAACACAGUCUUUCAUCUACCGUCACCUGUAACAAGGUAGAAUGUCCCAGCCGUCCCAACACUGGCAGUCUGAACGUGGGGACAGAUCUGAUGACUUCUGGAGAAACCUCAAAGAGGGGGAGGAGGAGGGAGGAGCAGAUGUAAUGCUCCAGAGGAUGGGUGAAGAGAUGAGACCCUCUAUCACCCUCCGCCCCCCACCUUUGUUCCGCAGCAUCGGGCCGUCGGGGCUGUCGGCCAGCCUACCACCCCACCGACGUCUCCGCUCCAUAUUCCGCAGAUCCAGAGCGGUGCUGCCUGCGAAUACACACGCCGGCAAGGUUUCAGGAACACACACCCUCCAAGAUUUACUGUCAGGCACCCACAUCAACACACUCCCACAUCAACUGACUCACAAUGACGUAGUGUCAGAGAAGGACGUUCACAUAAACACAGACUCAGAGACACAAACACAGCCCAAGAGACUCAUGAGUGCACAUGGGCUCACUGUAUUAGAACCACCAACAGGACCUCUCACAGAUACACUCUCAUUCAUAGUCAGUGCUGAAAGCAGACAGCAGGUCGGACAGCCUUUUUCUCAGCUUUCCCCACCCCUAAGGACCCAUAUCAAAGGCAGGGCAAGAUGGGGCAGAGCAGUGUCUCCUCUUAAAAUGAGAGAUGAUCUUGGGACUGGAGAGGGAGGAGUGAAAGAGAAGCAGAAGGUGAAGAGGAGGAGGCUGGACUGGAAAGGAGAGGACCAAGCCAAUGACAGAUAUGUCCCGUCCUUCACCCCAGAGACAGAGGGAGAUGGUGGACUGUGCCAGUGGUUACAAAGUCUGGGGAUUGGAGAUAGAGAGGAGAACAGAAGUAAACCGCAGCAGAGUGGGUUCAGAGAGAGGAUGGCUGGACACAGAGAGGGGUAUUCACAUCCAGCAGCCAACCACAGGAGAGACAGACGCCCCCACUUCCUCCCGCCUAUCUGUCAGUCUGGCUCUCUCCUGCAUGUACCCCUGCUGCUUCCCAAAAACUCCCCACCACCCUCGCCAUGCACCUCCCCACACGCCCCCUUCCACCCCUUGCCUGUACCCCUCCUCCACUCUCUGCCCUUCAGGAGGAAGUGAUAUUGUCCAGCAGAGGAAAGGGGUCUCAACUCAAGAGGCCCAUUUGUGUUUACUCUGUAUGCGGUUUUCUGUCUUGUUACUUUGGCAUAUUCUGACUGACACUUAGCUUAUGUAUUUGCAUGUAUUUGCAUAUAGCGCAUUACAGCUACACAUCCUUAACAAGUCUUAUCCAGGUAUAAUGUAUGUUGCUCUUGCCAUUUAUACUGUACAUCCUUUACAAAUAAUCACAUAGUAGUUUCUCUACGUGUAAAUAGUUUCUAAGGAUAUGCUGCCCUGUCACAUUUCAAUUGCAUUAAAUUUAGCAUGUAUAGUUUGAAAGAUCCAGGGCAUUGUUGUUUCUCAGGAUUAACAUCAACAAGUGAACCAACCUCAGCGUUUCAGUAAUGGUGUGCUCUGCCUUGUCCGUCUAUAGACCUUGUCCAAAUAUCCCCCGCAGAGGGCCCCCUCCUCUGAUCAGAGAGGAGGCCCAUGUUGUUUUUGAGGUGUCGGUUAGGGCCUGAACAGUGCUGUGCUCUGUGUGCAGCCUGUGGUGGGAGCUGCAUGUCAGGGCCAGAACACCGGCGUCUCAGUCCUCCUCACUGCCUGCCUCGCACAGCCUGCCGUUUAUAUGUUUACCCUCAAACGCAGCCCAAAAUGUUUGUGAGUCAGGCUCUUUUUU